ACCACUGAUGUGCAUCCUUGGACCAAUGGGUAUCAAUUGUGAGUGUUGCUAUAGUAACACACGUAGAUCGAGAAGUUGCGGACCAAAAACGAGGUCUCCCCCUCGUCUAACAGCUGUACUUGCCUUCUCUGUACUGUUGGUAAUUUUUGGUUACAGUAAUUCAUGUUAAAACUAAAUGUUUAAACUUUGAUCGAGCUUCUCAACUUUCAUGAAUUUUAAUUGAUCGAUUUCGUUGAAAACGAGAAUAUUUAAUAGUGAAAUUGUAUUUUGGCAACAGUGUCGCUUUACUUCUAGAUCAUUUGAAAGUGCACCGUAGCAGAAGACAUCGAAAACCGUUGGUGAUUUGAUAGUCGUUAAGUAGAAACCUAACCUAACAUUGUCUACUCCGAUAGCGUCCUUAUUGCAAUUUUUCAUAGCGAGUUAACUUCGAAUUUAAAUAACGAAUGUAAUAUUAAGAAUAUUAUGCACUAUAGUGUGUUUCUUCUUCAGAGUGUAAAACGUAAAACGUAAAUUGUUAAGCGAGGAAUGGAUCCUGCAACUGUCAUUGCUCUGUGCAAGGAAAACAUUCAGCCACUCCGUUACGGUAGAAAUGCAGCACAAUUGGGAACAGCAUUAAGAGCACAGGAAGAUGCAGAAACUCAACAAUUACUUCUUCAGGAAAAGCAAAUGUAUGAAGACGCAAUUAGAAAUUACGAAGGAGACGAUCCUUUAGAAAAUUGGUACGAAUAUAUAUCAUGGAUUGAACAAAGUUAUCCUAAAAGUGGUCAUGAGUCGCAUAUUGGAAAAUUAUUGCAACAAUGUUUGGCUAUAUUUGAAAAGGAAACAAAGUAUUAUCAGGAUCAAAGAUAUAUACGUCUUUGGAUCAAUUAUAUAAAUAUGCAAAAAAAUCCUUUAGAAUUAUAUCAACUUUUAUAUAAUAAUGGAAUCGGAACAAUGGUAGCUGACAUGUACAGAGCAUGGGCCUUUGAAUUAGAACAAAUAGAGGAUUAUAAACAAGCGGAUGAAAUUUAUUUAUUAGGCUUAAGAGCUCGUGCAGAACCAUUGGAAGAAUUAGAUUACGCGCAUAAAAACUUUCAGUUAGCAGUAGCUCGUAAAACACUUGGACACGUGGACGAAAGAGGUGAUACAUCAUUGUUUGAACAAAGACAAGCUUUUAGUUCAUUGAAAGCAAUCAAAGCUGGUAAAAAGGUUGGUACGAUAAGAACUGGACAUCGUGUACGUGAUUAUUUACCCGGUAGCGUACCUCAGGUUACAUCUAUGCCGAAUACAAGACCAAAUGCUCGAGUCCAAAUAUAUCAGGAUGAUAUGCAUGGUGAAAUGAAAGGUGCGAGUAUAUUAGACCAUGUACCCAUAGAAGAUAUGAUGCAUAAAGAAAAUACGAUUAAACCUGGACCAUGGAACACCGGUAUCAAAAAAUCUAAUUUGUUGUCAUCUUCUGUUAAAACUACUGCCUUUAAAAUUCACGAAGAUGAUCAAGAUGAUCAUGACAUGCAGAAAAUAAGAUUGUUUCCUAAUCAUACAUCAUUUUUUGAUGGGAGCAAAUAUUCUGAGCACAUACAUAUACCAGUAUAUGUACCAGAUCGAACAAGUGUAAAUGUUAUACUUAAACCGCACUAUCCUAAAGAUAUAGUUUAUGCCAAUAAUAUGGAUAUAAGUAUGGAGGAAAUUAGAGCUCAACAUUAUCUUCUUAAAAGUAGGCAAAACCAGGAAAUGCAGAAAAAGUAUUCUGAUUUAGAAAUAGACGAUAAAUGUUCCAGAAAUGUUGAUUUACAAAAUCAGCAAAAAAUAAUGGAAAGAGAACCUCAAAAUCCAAAUAUUACAUUGCAAGAAUUACAAAAACAUAGGCACGACUUUGUACAACAACAACAACAGCAACAACAAAAAAUGGUACAAAGACAACAUAAUCUCGAGCUUCAAAGAAGAGAAGUGGAACAUUUAGAUAUUGAAAGACACAGAAUUCAAAUUGAGCAACAGGAAUUACAAAGACAAUACGAAGUUGACAAGCAAACGUUAGAGAAUCAACGACAAAACACAAAGCAGCAGCAAGAAUUAAAAAGAUUAGAAAUUGAAAAGAUAGAAGCUGAACGAAUUGAAGCAGAGAGAAUCAAAGCUGAAAGAAUUGAAGCACAGAGGAUCGAAGCACAGAGGAUCGAAGCUGAAAGAAUCGAAGCACAGAGGAUCGAAGCUGAAAGAAUUGAAGCACAGAGGAUCGAAGCUGAAAGACUUGAGGCACAAAGGAUCGAAGCUGAAAGAAUUGAAGCCGAACGAAUAGAGGCGCAAAGAAUUGAAGCAGAAAGAAUUGAAGCUGAAAGGAUCGAAGCUCAAAGAAUGGAAGCUGAAUUAAAUACGCAAAGAAAAUUACAAACGAGUUAUUUGCAUCCGCAUCAUACGUCAUCUUUAUCAACGGAUAAUGAAGAACAUUUGCUUGGGCAAAGUCUCACAGUAAAUACAAAGGAAGCAAUAUCAGCUGUACAAGAUUUAUGGCAUUCUCCAAGUAUUACUCCUGCCACACCACGUUUUCGUAAUCCCAUAACACCUCGAAUGACAGAUUCUAGAACAAAAUUAUCUUUUGACAUUCAUAUGGAUAGUUCCAUGACACAGCAUGCAAUGUCUAACAAACAUCAUCAAGGAUUUAAUAUACAACCUUACGAAGAUCAAGAAAAUCAUCAAAGUUUUCAUACUUCUCAUCAAAGUUAUGUCCCUCCGGCACAACACACGCCAUAUGGAAAUCAUGGAUUACAAAAUACUUAUCAUUACCCAAUACCGCAUCAUGAUCAGCAGGUACAACAACUGUCACAUCAUCCACACCAUCAAAUGAUGCACCCACCUCAACAACCACACCAACAACCACACCAACAGCAACACCAACAGCAACAUCAACAACCACACCAACAACCACAUCAACAAUCACACCAGCAAGCGCAUUCGUUGCAUCAUCAAUCCCUUUCUCAGUCUCAACAUCUUCAAUCGCAUUCGCAACUUCACCAUUCGCAUUCGCAAAUUCAUCAUUCGCCACACAGUCAACAUUUGCAACAUCAGCAACAUCAUCCACACCAUCAUAUGCAACAAAUGCAACAUCCUUCCUUUAGCAAUAUGUUACCAAAUGAUAUCGGAUAUCAACAAUAUCCACCCUCAUUGGAUCCAGCUCUUUUACAACAAAAUUCCGAACCUCAAAAACCAUUACAUUAUUCGUCGUUCAACGAACCUAACGUCGAAGCUAACAAACCUUAUAGAAUGCCUCCUGAAUUACCGUAUAUCAAAUCACCAGGCAUGAAUCGUAGAGAUUUAAAAUAUUUGGAGAAUGCUGAAAAUAAAGAAAAUGCUAUUGUUGUUGAUUAUAAUGGACCACCCGAAGAAAACAUGCCACCAAAAUUAACAGAAGAAGAUAACUUGUAUACAGAUGAUAAUCUUGGUAUAUCACCUUUAUCAGGACCUGACGAAACUUGCUAUACCGAGGCAUGCAAUGCUUUAUUAAGUAGUUCUACUCCUAUGACUAAUCAUUUUAGACUAUCGCAUAGACCAAAGGAUGUGCCAGAAUUUUCAAACCAAAAUGUUCCACAUCACACAAUUCCAGAUGUACAUAAUGGUAAUACAGAUGAAAAAUUAAGCGUCAUAAUGGAAUCAACUAGAGAAUAUGUUUCAAGCAGCUCAGCAUCUAGUGCCAAUACAAGAAUAGCUGCUUUAGGUUUUACAUUAACAAGAGAAGAAAUGAGUCUGAUUAAAGAAUCGAGUAUACAACAAAUCCCUAAUGAUUCUAUACUAGCGGGCAAUCCACCGUACGAACAAAAAAUGCGAGCUCAAAUUCAAGCAGUAAAUGCUCAAAGUCCACGCACGGUACAACGAAAUGUGGAUCAAAUAACAUCUGAAAUAAAGAACAAUUGUGACUUACGAAAAUCUAUUACCUUUAAAAUGAACAGUGAAAUAGACAAUCAAGAGAAAACAACGGAUACUAUGGAAUGCGAAGAGCAUGAACCAAUGGAACAAGUGGAGGAAGAAACCUUUCAACUUCCUUCUGGAAAUAUUAAUCCUUUUGAUAAAAAUUUAAUUGCCGGUCUUUUGAGAAACAUGAAAUUUCCACAACCGCAACACGCAGAAGGAUAUGUGAGACUAAAUACUAAUUUAAAUAAGCUUGUGCCUUCUACUAUUAUUACGCUUGGACCAGAAGCGUAUAAUUUGGAAAAGUGCCUUGGGAAAGGAAUGUACGGAACAGUUUAUAAAGCAGUAAAUAUGCAAACAGGUCAGACUGUUGCUUUAAAAACCCAAAAGCCUGCAUGGGUUUGGGAAUAUUACAUUGUUAGGGAAAUAAAAGCUCGCCUUACAAAUGCACAUAUGCUUCGAGGAUUUAUGGAUGUUUCAAUAGCUUAUAUAACAAAUAACGUCAGUGUACUAGUUUCCGAAUAUUCCAAAUUUGGAACAUUAUUAACAGUAACUAAUCAAUUUAAAUUGUCCACUGGUAAACCAUUGAAUGAACCACUUGCUAUUUUCUUUACUAUUGAAAUGCUUCAAAUUGUUGAACAUUUACAUAAAUGCCAAAUUAUACAUGGGGAUAUAAAACCGGAUAAUUUCUUAGUCAUGCGAUUACCAACAGAAGAUGUCAGGCCAACGAUACAAUUGAUAGAUUUUGGAUGUAGUAUAGAUAUGAGCUUGUUACCAGAUAAAACAACGUUUACUCAUAUCAUUAAAACGGAAGAAUUUACGUGCAUUGAAAUGCAAACUGGUAGGCCUUGGACGUAUCAAACGGAUUUAUAUUGUUUAGCGGCAACAAGUCAUUGUUUGUUAUUUGGUAAUUACAUGAGAGUGUCUAACGUUGGUGAUCGUUGGUUUAUAAAUUCUAAGUUACCGAGAUAUGCAAAGAAGACUGCUUGGGAACCGUUCUUUACAGAAUUAUUAAAUAUCGAAUCGUGCGAAAAAUUACCUGAUUUGUGUAAAUUACGAAACGUAAUGGAGGAAGCUUUACCACCUGUGCCAGAAUUGCAAUCAAGGCUUAGACAUUUCUCUAAUAUACUCAACAACCGAUAACGCUUACUUAAUUUGC